AUGAUUAGAUUCUUGACUCCUAUUCGAAGAUUUUCAUCAAGCUUGCGUACAAUGUCAUCAGAAUAUUUAGUUACAGUCUAUGACUUCCCCAACACCGACAGAACCAAAGUCCGUCCACAACAUGUUGCAGACAUCCCUGCUAACGUUCCCAACCCAGUCCAUUCUGCAGGAGCCAUCUAUACCGAUGAAUCAAGAACCAAGUUUGCAGGAAGUACAUUCCAUUUAGCUGCAAAUUCAAGAGAUGAGAUUAUUGAGUUUUUGAAAAAGGAUGUUUACUACCGAGAAGGGAUCUGGGAUAUUGACAGUGUUCAAAUCUAUCCAUUGGGCAUUGCUGUGCGUUUGCCAAAGAAAAUGAACGGUGUUGAUGAGCUGAACUAUAAGAUUUAG